AGGGCCGUGUCCUGAUUUGGGCCCUUGGCGCCCAGCGCGCACGCUAGCCAACUCGGCUGACGGUCCAGACACAGUCGCGCUGACGCCCUGGCCGUGUGUGCGCGCGUGGUUUUUCCGUGCUUCUUCUGCGCGUCCACGAUUUUGGUGUUCGAAACGCUUAUGCGUCUUCAGUUAUUUCUUUUCUUUUUUUGCGCGACGUAUAUAAAGUAAAACUUGGACUUUACCUCCGUCAAGAGGCUGCAAAAGUCUCCGCCGCUGACGCCAACGUUAGCAUCGCGGAGCGUCACCUGCAAGGAUUACAAUGGCGGAACACCGGGUCUCGCUCUACUCUGUUGCAGUGUGUGCUGUGUCGAUUGGAGUUUUUGGUACUUACUGCGCGUUGGUUUUCCGUGGGCACUUAGGAAGUUUCGUACCAAAUGAUACGGCGCUAAGACGACCUAAACGUGACAGAAUGGAAUAUUGGCGCUACCACGACCUCAAGUCGCCAUGAGUAACGGGGCCGUGAGCCAAGCUUCGAGAGGCAUUCAUCCAGCGGCAGCUGAAUCGGGCCGUGCACCUGAGCAGCAGCGGCUGUGUCAAGGUCGGCCCAAUGCUGCAGGACGAGUCGGAGUUGCAGCAGCCCGUCGACGAUGACCCGCAGGCCGACGAGGACGCGCGGGGGCACUUCCACAGCAUCCAGGUGAUGCUGGGGCUGCACCAACAGCACCAGCAGCACCAGCAGCACCAGCAGCACACAGGCUCCUCUCCGCCGCAUCCCCAGCAGCAGCAGCAUCAGCUGUGCAACCAGGGUGUAGUCGACUACGUUCCCGCCACGAGUAUCUCCACACUGGACCCCAUGGCAACCAGCAUGAGCGGCCUCCUACCAGGCCUCAUGUCCAUGGCACCAUGCGUAGGGAUGCGAAGUCGCGACCUGGCUGGCCCACUGCCAAGCAUGGCUUCUGCGCAGCCAAUGGGAUGCCUUGGUGGCGCCGACGGGAGUUUGCCUGCUCCAGCGCCCCGUAAAGAAGAAUCUCAGAAGAGCAAAUCGUCUGAAAAAUCGUCGUCUUCGGACGCAGACAAGACAGUGAAGAAGAAAAAGACGAGGACGACGUUCACGGCCUUCCAGCUGGAUGAACUGGAGAGGGCCUUCCAGCGCGCGCCCUACCCGGACGUCUUUGCCAGGGAAGACCUGGCUCUCAGGCUCAAUCUCAGCGAGUCCAGAGUACAGGUGUGGUUUCAAAACCGUCGUGCCAAGUGGAGGAAAAGAGAACCACCUCGCAAGACAAAUUUUCUUCAAGCAGCGGCUGCCCAGAGUAUGCAAAAGGGAGGCCAUCCGUACGCUAACUCGUCGCCGACGCUUCCUCCGCUCAACGCUCCCAUGGACUCGUGGGGUUUCAGCACUGGAAACCCUUACGACUUCGGCUUCCAGACGUCCUCGCCUCUGCAGCACUCGCCCGGACAGGCUUCGGGCUCGGGUUACGGCGGUGCGGUUUACUCGACAGCGGGACCUGGUUCGAUGGGUGGGAUGGCGGCCAACCCGAGCUCGUUCUACAGCACCAUGCUGCCCCCGACGCAGGACCAGCUCCUGCCGCCGCUUCCGCCGCCGGUCAGCUCUGCGUCUACCGGCAUCGGGCAGAGACCCUGCGGAGCGCCUUCUCCCGACGCCCACCAGAAGUGCUCGUCGCCCAUGCCUUACGCCUGCUCCGCGAGCCCCGACAACAUCAAGAAGCAGGGCGGCAACGGUGGCGGCAACGGCGGCCUGAUGGGCACCAACGGAAUGCUGGACUCCGCCGAGCUGCACCAGAUGGGCGCGAUGCCGCACCUCAUGAUGAAAGGAAAGGACAACUCGCUGUCGCCGCUGCCACCGCUGGACUUCUUCACUUAAUGCGUGCGCGCUUCAUUGCGCCGAGCAGAAGAGAAACCGGUAGUCGUCCGGAAAGUCUCGAGACGGUGGUGACCCGCAGCAGCAUGCUCCAGCCAGCUGCUGCGCGAAUAGAUUCGAUGCUUCGCAGUAAGUUGGGAAGACGUCUGGCGCAUCUGGUGCCGUAGGUCCGUUCCGCAUGACUACACUGCUAUGGUUUUGCGGCUUUGUGACAGAAGUGGGGACACGAUUUUGGACCCUUCGAAGUGCCCAAAUGCUCUUCCGAACGGGGUGCGCUAGAAGCAAGUGAAAUGUAUGGGUCAACUUUAGCAAACGAAAAGGAGAAAAAAGACUGGAGGUCGGGGAUGUGACGGAAUCCGUCGGCUUUCCCUUGGACGACAGAACUGGAGUUUGUGUGGAUGUGGCUGUUAUGAAACUCCGAAAUUGGUUCCUUCUAUAAAGCCAGCUGUAUGAAGUGCACUUUCUGUGUUUGUAGUUGCCAGCCUACACCCUCUGGUAUUUCACUAUCUGUCUAUUGUGUGUAUAUAUAUGUUUUCAUACCGAAUAAUAAUAAUAGUAUUUGGCUUAUUUGCUUUUGUCUGUAUCAUACGAGAGACAGUGGAUCUAGAACACUUACAUGUUCUUUUUUUUCGGUGAGCGAGGCUAGUGGCUGUCUUGGAAGCAGUCACAAAUGUUCUGAGUAGGUAGGAGUCGCUCCACAGUAACUAUUUCAAACGACUGAUACUUCCAUGUGCGAAAAAAUGUGCUUCACAUUUAAACAAACUGGCGCAGACAUAGCUAGUGCCUCUCUUCAUUAUGUUACGUAUGAUCGUGGUGACUGCUUUUAUCUACACGCAAGCGACUGAGGUGUUUGCAGUUUGUCUUCUCUGUAAAUAAGGCCGAUGUACUCCUGAACAACGAUCAACUCGUCAUACAAGUUUGCUAGCUUGUUUCUAAAAAUGAGAACGAGUGGUUAGCGCAAAGUAAACUAUAUGUCGAGCCUAACUUCAAGGUAAUGUUUCAACAUGCCCAAACGACAGACGUUGCUUGUUUUGGAAACUUUACACCAAUGAAUCUUGCAAACACCUAGAGGAGUAAUGUAAUUGAGUAUUUCGCUACAUGUAUGGAUAGUUAACAAUAAAUAUAACCCGUUAUGCCCGCCUUACAAAUGCAUUCCUCUGUAGCAGAUGGCCCCGCUAGCCAUAAUGCGGGCGCGUUCUUCAUGUGCUCGUUUGAUACAGUGGGGUAAAAAAAAAAAAUAUGUUCGCCACUUUACAACACUACUUUUUGCACAUUUAACAUCAGUGUUUUUAUUGCACCUGAGUGUACUUCCUGCAGAUUUGUACAGUUGCGAAUUGUGCUGUGGGAUGUGUGGUUCAACAUAUAUUGAACAAUAAGGCGGGCACACGUGCAUUUUCUGGUCAAUGCGUGUAUGUGCCGUUUGUGUUGUUUUGCAAGGCCAUUAUACCGAAGGCCGACGAGGGUAUUUGGAGCGGAAUUGUGAAAGUAGCACGGCAUUCCUCAUGGUCCUCCAAAUGUACCGCGUUCAAAGUUACUAAGUAAACCAUUCACGUAGGGGAGCUCGUAAGAGCACUACGUUAGCCUUUCUAUAGAAGGUCUCCCGCUAUAUUGUUUGAGGCUAACUUUACAGCAGGCUAAUUACUUCGAAUGGGCGCGUUAAGGGUUGAGCAUGCUGACUGCAUCGGGAAUCAAGUAAACCAAACAACAUUGCACAGCUCUCUCUCUCUCUCUCUGAGUUGAAACAUGCUUAAAACUGAUAUGCUCAUGUUUCCCACUUCUCGGAGGCCCAGCAUCACAACUCUGAAAGCAUUAUGUAAUGUGAAUGUGCAAUCAGACCGAAGAAUUAUUUCUUUCCGAUUGGACUAAGAGCGGUUCUUCACGAUAAUCUCAUUAUCGGUUAGGUGAUGUUUCGCCAGCUCAUUCAAUGGGCAAGAAAUUAUCUAAAGAAAAUGGAUCUCAACAUUAAAAAAAAAGGAAAAUGUACUGGUUCGUUGUAAAAGUAUGUAAUGAAUGCUGAAAUGUGGUUGUAAAAUAUGAACAUGGUGGCAAGUGACUGCAGUCAUGGCUUUGUGUGAAAAUUCUAUUCGUAGUUUUUGUAUGACAUGUAACAUGUGUGAUAAUUAAGUGUAGUAUAUUGCUGACAGGAGAAGUCAGUAUCUCAUCUCGUUUUUAUUUUCCAAGGCUGAAGCCUUUUUGCUUUCUCUGAUGAAAGUAGCGAAGUCCGUGACAGUGCCAAAACGUGCCUUCCUCUUGUUGUCUAGCGUGAGCGAAAUGUUCGUGCGCUUACGAUGGCAGAUGAAGAAACACUUGUAAAUAUUUUCGUAUCGCCUGUUGUGUAAUUGUGUUGCUUGUGUGUACGGUCUCAAGUCACAGUAAACGCUAUUGCUCAAUAAGAUACACAUCAAGGUCGCAGUAACCUAUCUUAUGUGAGGCAGGCCUUUUAUGCUAACUAUCGCAGAUACGUGGAAUACGAACGGGAUAGUUCGAACCAACAACAUAAAUGGGAAUGAUUUGACGUCUAUCAGUAUGGUUGAAUUGAACCUUGUCGUCCAAUACGAAAGUCUGCAUAGUCGAAGACGACUUGCACAAUUAUGCGAGAUCCAUCAACGAAACCUUAGCAUUCUUUGUGUUUGAGUGAUCCUGUUCGCAUUUUAUUUGUCCGCGAUUGGGUCUUUCCGAGGUGCAUGCAGUAUUUUUGUAAUGUCUAGUCGUCAUCGUCCUUAUGUCCGACUGUCGCGUACUAUUGUAUUGCUUGAAUUUUUUUACAUACUUAUAUUUGAAUAUGUCAUGUAUGUUCAUCGAGCAAAUCAUUUAUGUGUUUGCCUUUGACGCCAGAGCAACACCGACGUGCCUUAAUUUUGUAUAAAACAUGAGCUCCGAAAUAAACAUAUGCGUUUCUUGCUA